CACAAGCUCACAAGCUCAUUCCCACCCACCAGCAUGGACUUAGAUGUUUACAUUGUGUAACCAGAGAGCUUUGGGGCUGUGAAGAAAGAAAAUGGGUUGAAGAACGAUUACCCAGACCAAAAACCAAAAAAAAUUUAGCAUCCCACUGCAUCUAAAAGUCUGAGGUGGAAAAGGAGAAGCAUGGAGAAACCAUCUAACUAACGAGUGCCUGAGUGGCAUGAAAGACCAAACUACAUAGAAGCAUAGAAGAUGAACAGGUGUGUGUUGGCACGUGUGUGUGUCCUCCUAACUGUUCUGUGUCUUGCUGUUCAUGUCUAUGUGGAGUUCAAGGGGUAUUAUGUGAAGAGCUGGAGGACACUUAGUCCCACAAAGGAACCUCAAAAGCACAUCAAGACUCAGACAGUUUCAGAGGAAAGCAGAGGAUUGAGCAGUUCGGUGAACACGUGCUACCCGACAGGAAGGAGAUACAGAAAGUCUCUCAGGUGGAAGAUAGUGCUGGAGCCAUGGGCCAGUGAGAGUCACAGCCUGGAGGAUGAGGCAUUCAGAUUUAUCAAGUAUAUCACUACACCACAGGUGUCCUGUAAAAAUCCUGCCAACAGUUUGCCAGCUCACGGAUCAUGGGCGCUAUGUUUGGAUAACAGAUUCAACUUGGCCCAGAGCAUCAACACUAAACACUGUCGAGUCUACUCACUUGGGUUGGGAGGAGAAGACAAGCAGUUGGAGAGAGUGUUAGCCAAGGCAGGGUGUGAGGUUCACUGUUUUGACCCCAGUAUCAAAGAGGCUCAUCUGCAAGACUCACACAUGUGGCUUCACCGGCUCUCCAUCGACUGGAGGGAUCCGAACCCUGCUAUCACUUCACUGAGGCAGCACAGCAGCACCAUGAAGCUUUCUGCUGUCCUCAACCAUUACGGCCAUAGACAGCUAGAAGUGCUGAAAGUGGACAUGGAGAGUGCUGAAUGGAAAAUCUUAGAGAACCUGAUACUGGAAAAUGUGUUACACUCUGUGGGUCUCUUGCUCCUCGAGGUUCACCUGCACUGGGCCGGGUUCGAAGUGAGCGGUGACGAGCCCUCUGUAGUGCGCUACUGGUUCAGUCUGCUAAAGGAGCUGGAGAAUACACACUUCCGCCUGUACCACAGUUACAGGGACCCAAUGAAGCCACAGCUCUUCCUUCAGAAGAACCUACACAACGCAAGCAGCACUUACAUACUGGGCUGGGUCAACAGGUGCUACUCAGCACUGUGAGACUUGUCCUGAUUUGGAGAUUGACUAUUAAGAUGAGAUCUGCAGGGGAAAAUAUUUCCCUUAUUGCAAGACCAAUACAAAUUCAAGUAAUGAAGUAAAGUAAAAGAAAGUAUGAAUGAAUGAUAAAUUCAAGAGGCAGGCAACAACAACAUGGAAUUCAUUUGAUAUGAUUUUGAUAGGAAUUCCUGCAAUGUUCAGGAUGAGUCUCUGUAAUUUAUCAGCACAACUGAGGGAAUUUGAUGCUUCAGUUAUGUUUGUAAACUAGUUUAGCCAAAACCUUUAAAAUCUUUUUAAAAAUCUUUUUAAGACGCUGCUCAAAAUGCUCAAUUCAGACAUGCUAUACUUUUCCACAGUAUGUUGAAAUAUUCUACAUUUUGUGUCUUGUAAUCUAAAACUGAAAUGGACUUUAAUAUGAUUAUUUUAUCACAUAUACCUGUUAAAAGUUUGGAAACACCUGGUCUUCUAGGGUUUUUGAAUCAUCAAUGUUCCUGCAAAAAAACAAUGUAAAAAGCGCACAAGAAUUGGACAGUAAAUGAUUGGAAGAAAGUUUGGUGAGUCCAAAUUCAUCAUUUUGAUAAAAGAACUUAUGUAGGAUGGAGACCCGGAGGGAAGAUGUUAGCAAACUAGCAAAUUUGUGUGUACAUAUAUAAAAAAGCGUGUGCAUUGGUAAAAAAAAAAAGAUUUAUUUAAAUAUAAUUAUUAGUAGAUGCGCUAUACUUUUAUUAUUUUAAAUAAAAUAAU